AUGGCUUUCCUAAUGAAAAGUAUGUUGAGCAACCAGGUGAAAAAUUUGGGACUUGGUGGAGGGGGUGAAGAAACCAAAGAAGAAGCAGCACCUGCUGACCCAGCCGCGGCAGCAGGAAUGACCCGGGAGGAAUAUGAGGAGUAUCAAAAGCAAGUGAUAGAGGAGAAGAUGGAGAGAGAUGCCGAAUUUGCACAAAAGAAAGCCGGGAGAGCUGUCCUGAGGGUUCAUUUGCGAGAGAAGUACAGACUCCCAAAGAGUGAACUGGAUGAGAAUCAGAUCCAGAUGGCUGGAGAUGAUGUGGACUUGCCAGAAGACCUCCAGAAAAUGGUCGCAGAUGAUCAAGUAGAAGAAGAAGACAAGGACUCUAUUCUUGGACAGCUUCAGAACAUCCAGAACAUGGACAUGGAUGCUAUUAAAGAAAAGGCUCAAGCUACUUUCACUGAUAUUAAGCAGGCAGCUGAACAGAAGUGUUCUGUAAUGUAGUCGAGACAUUUACAAGACCUGUGUACAAAUGCCCGAUAGAAAUGGAUGGCUGAAGCAACAGUGCCCCACCCACCACUCUCUCUACCCCUUUAUAAGGAAU